AACCCUUCCAAAUCGGUUCGCCCUCGCGAGAUGGGGAAGUUUCGCGGUGAUCUUCUUCUUCCGAGCGCGCUCCAUGCGACCCUUUGGAUCCUUGUGGCCUUCGGUUUCCCCGCAGUGAUCUCCGCCAUCCGGAAGGAUAUUGGCCUUGCAGAGAAUCGUGUUUGCAGAAAUACUGUUCAGGGGCGGUACUUAUUAUCAGAUGACAAUGGUUACGUAUGCACUGCCCUUUCAGUUGAUUCAUGGACCAGAUGCUGUCCAGUAAAAGGGGACCAAUUUUCUUGUCAGGGCUGCAACCUCAUUUCACAGUGUUGCAACUCAUAUGAAUACUGUGUAUCAUGCUGCUUAGAUCCAUCCAGGACUGACAAAGAUCUUGCUAUGAAGGUGAAAAUUGCGAAACCAGUUACUGCAGGCACUUACAGUAGUGCUUUUGAUUUCUGUGCUGGAAGAUGUCGACAUAAUUCUGCAAGUGUGGUCCAUGAGAAUGCCUAUGCGAGCGACUUCCAUCACUGCUUUUCACUACAGUCAAAUUAUUCAGGGAGUACAGAGGUGACUUUUGAAGCAAGAUUAGCUGGCAUUAACAUUGUCACUGGAAGGCCGGGGGAAUCCUGUACUAUAGCUUGCAGCUUGAGGGGACAAUCAUGUGUUCCGAACAGGCUUUUUCUGCUAAAUAGAUGCAACUUAUUGCAGAAAUAUAUGCUCUGUAAGGGUGGAUGUUUCGCGAGCCUUGGGUCAGAUCAACCUGCAGAAGUUGAAGAAUUUGCUCCCAAGCACAUGAGCCCAGGAGCUUGCUUGUACACCCAAACAGAAGCUAUGCUUUCAUGUGAUGGCUCACAUCAACAUACCAAGAGACUCUGCCCCUGUGCAUGAUCCACCGACAGCCAACAUCAGUCUCAGCCAUCUGCAAAUAGCUGCUGUUAGAGAAGAAUCUGGUUGUUUGGGGUUUCAUAAGACCUCAUCAAAUACAAAGUACAUGAGGAUAAGGUGGCAGAAAUGAGGUUUAGGAUCCAAGAAAAGUCAGCCUAACACUGUCACUUUAUUCAGUCUCCCUGAUGUUGUUGUUCAAAAUGUGAUGGUGACUUCCUUUAGACGUGCAAUUUAAAAGCCU